AUAGCUGUUUCUUUUAGCUAACGUACUGAUGUACAGUAACAGUAAUUUAUUGAAUUUUACUUACUUUUUACAAUCUAUUCGUUAAUUAAAAAAAAAAAGAUGUAAAAAUAAACAAUAAAAUACUUUCUUUGAUUAUUUAUGCGGAUUACGAAGGUACUGUUCAUUGCAGAAAAAAUUACAUAACCCGCGUUAACGUUAGCGAGUUGCGUUUUUUUUAACAUGAAAUAUCGCCACCUUCAUAUCCUUGUAGUAGUAGCAUCUUAUUUAAAAGAUAUUCCAUUUUUUCUUCACAUAUUGUUAAGUUAAACAUUGAGCUCCUUAGCGACAGACAUCGGACAAAUUUGGGGCAUCAAUUUAACCCAAAGGGACACAAAAUGAACCCAAAAGGACUCGGGAAAAUUCCAAAAGGAGCAUAAAAUGAAUUUAUAGAUUUCUAAUAGUACGGGGUUUUUGGUUUUUUUUUACUAUGAUUACACAUAUUUCAAAUUUUAUACGGAAACUAACAGGGAGAUCUUCUCCAAUCUGAAAACACAUGCAACAGAAUUAGAAAUUUAUUGAUCAGUUCUUUGUGAUACAUGCAUUACAACCUAUGAGGAUGAAUGGGUUAAGUACAUCUUAAAUCGAAUUAUGCCAUAUGAUAUAAUUCACUUCUACAAACAUAAAGCAAGUAAAGAAUUUGCAUUUUUUACUAAUGCAGUAAAUGAAUCGGCUCACGAUUUCAACAAUCGCUCAAAAUACAUAUCAGUAACUGACUGUUAUUAGUGGGAUUGCAAUUUCCUGCUAAAAACAUUUGAGAAGUUGCAAUAUUGUGCAAGCAUUCGACGAAUUAAUAUUUAAUAUUUUAGAAAUAUUAGAUGUUAUGUUAUCAUUGGUUAUAUGUCACGAAUAUCAUUAUGAAAAAGAUUGUCAUAAAAAGCGGUCGGAAAUGUUGACUUGGAAAUCCCGCCACAUUGUCAAAUGACCUUGGGAUGUCGAGCCCGAUUGGUUUACAAAUGAGAAAAUAGUGCACAGUCUUUUUCUAUAGGCGUCUCACCAAAUACUUUGAUAAAAUAUCACAGUAAUUUGAUUAUUUUAUUGAAUAUAACGUUGAUCAAGGUCCAUAUAUAACAAUAUAUCAAUGUGUUCUGCGGAAUAUAUCAAGUUUUAAAAUCCCUACGCAAUUUCCUGGUGCUGUCUCCUGAACGAAAAGAGAACCAGUUUAAAAGACUUCGCCCAUCACUCUAUCCAAAGACGAACUGUAUAUGAUAACAUGCCACAAUGGACAGUGUCCCUGGACGAGAUUUCCCAUACCUUCACCAUGACACAAACUUCUGUUCAUCUCCAGACAUGGAGGAGAGACCGACCUCAAUGACCUACCCAUAUUUACCUAACCCAGGCCAGUUUCCCAGCUCACAUCCAGGACCGGAAUUUCCAUAUCAGCGUUAUGAUGCCUCGCAGAACCUGGAUGCAGUUAGGUCUACCCCUAACCCUCCUCCCCCACUUCUGUUCCCCCACACUUCAGAGGCCCUCAAGGAGGGUCCACCUACAUCCCAGCUCAGUAAUCUGGCUCACACUAAACUAGUCCCCAGCAACACUGGUGGCAUCGACCUGAGCUCUUCGUCUUUGCAGGGAACUCAUCUGAAGCCUGGAGCUCUUGUAGGGGGAAUCCCUCCCUGCUCCCUCUCCGACAAUCAGAUAAAGUCUUCUCCCUGUUACAGCCCCUACUUCGGAGGCUUUCACAAUCAUCAAAAUAUGCAACAAUCUCAGAUUAACCAGCUAACAGAGGGCCUCUCCUAUCUUCAACAGACAAGACAUUUUGCAGAAGAAGUAUUCUCAUCCCACCAUACUGGUGAAAAUCUAUCAUAUGGUCCAGGAAGGUCACUCCAAGGUCAUUCUAAAAACAAUGUUGAUCUAGGAUCUUGUCACGACAGGUCCGGUUCAAUGGCUUUAGGAAGCAUGGCUUCUAAAGAAAAGAGUCAUUCCUCAAACUUUAGGAUCAAUGCAGAUGCUUUCACCAAAGAAGUAGCUCACAAUGGAAUGGCAGACAGUCGGAAGUCAGUAGCAGCCAAAGUGUCUGAUAUGAGAGGACACCCUGGGCAUACCACCCAACAGAAUAAACCUUUACAGAAUGUAUCAAACCCCACUCAAAGGAGUCCUUCUAAUAACAAAGUAAAAUUUCUAUUAAAAGGAAAUCUUGGGAGACCUUAUCCACUGCUGAUUAACAACCCCAAACCAUUUAUAGACUUUUCAUUUGAACCUUUCUACCAGUAUGACGCAAGUUUGAUUGGUGAGGAUGUAUAUGGAAUGGAAUCCGGUACUCACAGUACAUGGCCAUAUCAUGAAUCCAGGCGAAGAUUUCCAAGACAUAUGAACCUCCCUGGAGGGCACUCUAAUACCUCUUUCAGUGAAGCAGAGGAGGAAGAUGUGUCUGCGAAUCCACUGGAUUUUCUGAGGGAUUUUGUUUUGAAUGAAAAAGGACAGCUAAAUAACAGUGAUCUCAAAAAACUCAAGCAGAAGCUAAACCAGCCAUACGCAAUAACCUCUCCGAGCUUUAACAGGGCAGCAGCUCGUGCUGUCAUGACAACCACUGUUGCUGACAAUGCUACCAUGGUAACCAUAUCCAUUGCAAAUAAAAAGCAAGGACAGUCUAAUUCAACAAGCACUGUUGAUUCUGGUACUCAAAAUGUAAUUCCGUCUGCUGGUGGGAGCAAGGUUUCUAAAGAUCUCUUUGAUGCAAGAAAUGAAGAAAAAGAAAACCAAAACCAAUCCAAUGCAACCAAUCGGAACUCAGACCAAAGUUCAGGAGAGGACAACAAGGAUAGGUUAGAAAUAAAUAUCCGCAUUGAUGACUCUCAGUUAGUACAACACGGUGAUCAGAAACGUUGGCAGUGUCAUCUGUGUGAGAAGUCCUACACCACCAAACACAAUCUAGUCACCCACAUUUUGGACCACAACGGUAUCAAGCCCCACUUGUGUAUGGUGUGUGGAAAGUAUUUCAAACAGUUGAGUCAUUUGAACACCCAUAUGCUGACACAUGAUAAUAUCAAACCUCACGUCUGCUCAAUCUGUUCCAAAAGUUUCACACAAGUGUCACACCUCAAAAGACAUCAGGCUGUGCACCUCUCAGAGGACCGGCCUCAUAAAUGUGACGCUUGCGGACGGUCGUUUGUUUUUCCCGGAGAGCUACGAUUACACAAAGAGAAACAUGAAAAAGGAGAGGAAAAUCGGUGCACUGAAUGUAGUGAAGAAUUCAAUACAGUAAGAGCCCUAAAGCUUCACAUGGGGUACCAUGACAAUUUCCAAAGUCUUAUGUGUAAAUAUUGCAACAAAGUUUUUCGGUAUCCAAGUCAACUUAAAGAUCACCUCUUGACUCAUGAGGGAGCAAGGCCGUAUAUAUGUACAGAAUGUGGAAUGGACUUUCUUAAAGAACAUCACUUGAAAGCUCAUGAGUACACACACAGCGGGAAGAAGCCCUGGGAAUGCCCCCAUUGUGGGAGGUGCUUCAACCAGAAGGCCAACAUGCAGCGCCAUCUGUUGAUUCACAACGCAGAGCGUAAAUUUAAGUGUGAAACUUGCGGGAAGACAUUCACGCAGCCACAGACUCUCAAGGCCCACAUGGUGGUCCAUGCAGACAAGAAACCACACGAGUGCCAUAUCUGUGGUAAACAGUUUGGUCGACUUCACAAUCUGCAAGGUCACAUACAUAUGCACACAAACUCCAAGCCCUAUGUCUGUUUCUGUGGCAGCUCUUUCACACUGAGAGGAAAUUUGAACCGCCAUAAAAAAGUGAAGCAUGGACUGAAUGAAAGCACGGAGAAUUUGGAGGAGGAAGCAGUCAGUUUUCUGAGUGAGCUCAGCGACAGGACGAGGCCUGAGUCCGAGGUCAAAACAGAAGGACACAAGUCCAGUAUCCCAGACACAUUUUUAUCAGACUCCGAUGAAGAAAAGGAUUCUGACCAAAGUAACUCUAAGUCCCCAAGGAAAGCCCGAAAGUCAAUCCCCCGAAAAUAUACGUACAAACGAAGGUCACAAGCAGAACCUUCCAAUGUCAAUUACUCAGAAGACGAGGAUGAUGAAGAUGAUGAAGAAGAAGGGGAGGAGGAAGCUGAAAUGCUACAGAAAAGCCCAGAGAAGAAAAAGAAUCUGCGAGUGAAGAGAAAGAGAUUCGAGCCGGAACGAGUGUAUGCCUCCGAGGAUGAACCUGAAGAAUCAGGUGACGAGGAUGAUGAUUAUGACCCGAGUCAGGACUCUGAUAGCAUGGCAGGGAAAAAGCGAAGAGUGUGACCACAGAAUGUUUAACAGACUCCCACAAACUCAGUCUCUCUCUGACUCUAACAAGCUAACACUGACUCAAAGUGUCUCUCUCUCUCGACCAAAACUAGUAUUAUAUGCACGUUUGUAUGCAGUUUGUGACCUAAUUUACUCCAGGAAAAUUCCCAAUCACAUUAAUGGGGGAACAACCAAAAAAGGCAACAAGUGCAAAGAUAUUGUACUUUUAUUUACAAAUUCUAUUUUUCUUUGAAAAUAACCAAAAAUAUGUGUAUUAGAGCACCAAAUAUGACUUUUGUUAUCACUUUAUUUAGAUUUUUUGCAGAGGUUAGACAAAUAGUAUUGGUAUUUUAGUUAUGUUCAAACAUGUUUUGCCUCAGUGUCAAAUCAACAAGGAGUGGAUGUUAUUAUUUAUGAAAAUCUGACGGAUGUUAGAGAAUUAUUGGUGCUUGUUUCUAGUUGUAGGGACAACCAUGUAUUUUAAUUUAUUUCCUGUGUGGUUCUGCAAAAACCACAUGGGCAUCAUUUACUUAACAUUUGUAUUUUUUUGUUUUUUUUGUAACAAGGUUACAGUCAAUACAGUGUAUCCAACUUUAGUUUGCAUUGUCAAUCAAAUAGAUUCCUUAUUAAAGUUGACGUUGA